AUGGGAUGGAGAAAUUAUGGAGUCAUACUCUGUCAGGAGGGUCUGGCAAUCGCUUCGUCAGAAGAGCAGUGUUGUGCCUUGGAAGUAACUGGUUUGGGACAAUGUUGUUAUUCCUCGCCACGGUUUCAUCCUUUGGUUGAUCAUCCAGGACAGACUGAAAAUGCAGGAUCGUCUUAUCUCUUGGGGGAAGCCUCUAUUGGGCUUAUGCUUGCUGUGCCCUGGUGGAUUGGACACUCGGCAUCAUCUGUUUAUGGAGUGUGCUUUUGUGAGGUAUAUGCUUGUGCAGAUUUUGAAGUCUGCUGCACCGCCAUUGUUAGUUGA